AUGGCGAAUGGACCUUCCUCCUCAUCCGCCAUGCGGGCCACCACCUCGUCUUUCCUCCAGACGAGCCGUCGAUCUCUCAAACCCAACACCUCAUCCUGCUCUUCGACCACGACAACGACGACCCGCUCCGUCUCGAACCGUUCUCGAACCCCUCACGACCCAUCUCACAGUGCAUCCGCUCGAAUCUACACCCCACGUAAACAAUUCCUCUACCGAUCCUAUGCCGACCUGCUGGAAAAGUCCCAAGCCGUCAUCCUCUUUCAGCCAAACAACCUCUCUUCCGCCGAGUUGGGAAGCAUCCGACGGGCCGUCAAGGGCGUUCCGGUCACCAAGCACAUGAUGGGAGAGAUCGGUCUCGAGGGAGAACAGUCGGAGGAGGUCGUCUCGUCGGUAGCAGCGACGUUUACCGUGGCCCGGACGGGACUCUUGGCCUCGGUCAUCCGUUCCCUCCCAUCCUCCUCCACACCCGCACACACGGCCGAUCAACUCUCUUCCCUCCUCUCCGGCCCUGUAGCACUAUUGACCGUGCCUACCCUCUCACCACCCUAUAUGAAAUCUCUCUUUGCGGCCGUGAACAAAUCACUCGGUUAUCGCCCACCCGCAGCUAAUCACCCUACCGCCCUCGCCGGGUCUCACCCGACUUCCCCUCGUCUGGUCCUCCUCGGCGCAUUGUUGGAGAAGAAUCAGCUCUUCUCCGCCCCCGAGCUCGUCCAACUCGUCCAGACGCUUCCGGAGAUGGACAUGCUUCGAGCCCAGCUCGUCGGGUUGUUGGAGAUGCCCGCUAGACAGCUUCUGGGAGUCACGCAGCAGGCUGGCGGUGGAGGAUUGGUCAGGACGUUGAUGGGUCUGGAACAAGGGUUGAAGGAGGGCCAGGAGGGGCCUGCUGGUGCGGUCGAGGGCGAAAAGGCGGCUUAG